UCCCGCUGUCCUCCCACUUACCACUUGUCCCGAUAAACUCCCGAUUUACCGCAUCCGGACAAUUUUUUGCCACUGUUUUUGACAACCUAUAUGUCUACCGUAUGGAAACCAACUGUGUUUACACACGUUGCGCAAGUUAUAUGAGAAAUAACGCCAGUAAUGGCAGCAAUAAUCUUGUAUUACGGUGAAUGUUUUCGUAAGGGCCCAUUGCAAAGAAAAACGAUAUGUUAUGUACUCUUUUAUAUUUAAUUUGACAUGCUAGUUCAAUGUGUUUUCCAUUAAGGAACCGACACUACGGUGAAGUACAUAGUCUGUUUUUUUCAGUUCCUCCACAAGGAUCCCUGUAGCUGCCGGAACAUAAACUAUACCGACGAUCAUUUGCAUGUUUUUGUCACCGGACACCAUGAGCGUGGUGGACGACAGCUAUCUCUCGCCGGACGCCGUCCACGAGAUGGCCAAAGGAGGGGUGCUGGCUGGAGGGAGCCACGUCCACAGCAUCAAUGUCAUCCUGGGCUUCAAUAAAGAGCAGGACUCAGUUGUCCACCCGACCAGCUCCACUGUACCCCACAAAAUGGAGCGGGAGAGCUUAGUUUGUCCAGGGAAGCAGGGACACCUCCACGCGUAUGAACACCUGUCCAUGCUGGACGGCAGCUUGGAACAGCCGUCGCUCCCCGAUGGAGGACCGUUCCCCAGCAAGGCUGUGACCGAGACGGGCGGGGGGGAGGCGAGCGACGGGAAGUCCCCGGGGCUGGCGGAGGAUGAGGAGCCCAAGAAGAAGCACCGGAGGAACCGCACCACCUUCAGCACCUACCAGCUGCACGAGCUGGAGAGGGCCUUCGAGAGGUCCCACUAUCCCGACGUCUACAGCCGCGAGGAGCUGGCCAUGAAGGUCAGCCUGCCGGAAGUGCGCGUGCAGGUGUGGUUCCAGAACCGACGAGCCAAGUGGAGGCGUCAAGAGAAGAUGGACGCCGGCUUGGUGAAGCUGGCCGACACGCCUGUUCUGUCCUUCAGCCGCCCCCCCAUGGCCCCUUCCUCCCUGCCCAUGGACCCCUGGCUGAGUUCGCCCCUUUCGGGGGGGUCCACGAUACACACCAUUCCCGGGAUGGUGGGCCAUCCCCAGGACCUGCAGCUGACCCACCCCACUCACGGAUUCCUGGGCAGCCCCCCACCAACUAUGGGGCAGGGCCUGCAGGCCGGGGCCCCGCCCCCUUACCAGUGUGCUGGGGCCUUCGGAGACAGGCUCCCCCUAGAGGACACAGAGCAGUGGAGCUCCAGCGUCGCCUCGCUGCGGAUGAAGGCCCUAGAGCACAUCCAGUCCAUGGACAAGAGCUGGCAGCCCAUGUGACCAUCGGAGUCCAAUCCAGCCGCGAAUGUCCCCAUGGUGGAACGAGGCACGUUCACGAGCUGAUCGUGCUGUUCCCAGCUUGUCACACAGUUGUAGAUGAGUGACAUCGGGUCGGUUAUGUGUUUGGUGACAGGGGACACUAAAUGUAGCAGGUCACUUCUGACUGGGAUGUUUGUUUAGAACGUUAUGACUGUUUUUCUACAGCUACUCGUUUUGGCUUUUUUGGGUGACUGGAGAUUUUAAAUGAGUACUUUUCAAUGUAUUUCGCAAGACUUGUUCUGUUUAAAUAUAAACAUAUUGUGGAAGU